AUGAAGUGGGCACUUCUGUUCCUCGGCUUGGUCACACUCUCAGAGUGUAUGAUCAGGCUGCCCUUGAUGAAAACCAAAUCUCUUCGUGCCAACCUUCAAGAGAAAGGCUUGUUGGAAGAAUUUCUGAAGAAGUACCCAUAUGAUUUGGCCUCCAAGUACUCCAUGUAUGCCCAGACCUUUAAUGAGCCCAUGGCAAACAUCAUGGACAUUGAGUACGUUGCUGUCAUCACUUUGGGAACCCCACCCCAGUCUUUCAAGGUUCUUCUGGAUACUGGAUCAUCCAACUUGUGGGUGCCUUCUAUCUAUUGCAGCAGCCAGGCCUGUUCUAACCAUCAGAAAUUCAACCCAAGUCUCUCUUCCACAUACAGUGCUUUGAACACCGCACUUCAAGUUGCUUACGGCACUGGAAGCAUGACUGGCUUUUUGGCAUAUGAUACUCUUACUAUUUCAGGAGUUGCUGAUCCUAACCAGAUGUUUGGCCUGAGUGAGACCGAGCCUGGUACCUUCUUGUACUAUAGUCCCUUUGAUGGCAUCCUUGGUCUUGCCUAUCCUUCCAUUUCUGCAUCAGGAGCCACACCAGUAUUUGACAAUAUGAUGAACCAGGGCUUGGUGACCGAAGAUGUCUUUGCCUUCUACCUUAGCAGGGGUGGAACCAGUGGGAGUGUGGUGACCUUUGGUGGGUAUGAGACUGCUUACUACACUGGACAAGUUAACUGGAUUCCCGUGACUGUCCAAGGAUAUUGGCAGAUUGCUAUGGAGAAUGUCAUGAUCAACGGACAGGUUGUUGCUUGCUCUCAGGGCUGUGGAGCCAUUGUGGAUUCUGGUACUUCCUUGAUUGCUGGUCCUCCUUCAGAAAUCUCAUACAUCCAGCAGUUGAUUGGUGCUCAACUCUAUAACAAUGAUUAUUACAUCACCUGUGGAAACAUUCCCAACAUGCCUGAUGUUACCUUCACUCUUAACGGCAUCCAAUACACCCUGCCAGCCUCCGCUUAUGUGAGACAGAUGAAUGGAUACUGCACUAGUGGUUUUCAGGGCAUGAACCUGCCAUCUGCCAAUGGUGGUCUCUGGAUCUUGGGAGAUGUCUUCAUCAGGGAGUACUAUGCCAUCUUUGACAGAGGCAACAACAUGGUUGGACUGGCCUCCGCUGUUUAAAGCUCAAUACCACAUUUUCUUUGUAAAAUCACCCAA